GCGUUCAUUCGCUCGCUGUUUUCAUUCGUUUAUAUUUUCCCCGUUACAGUCUUUUCCGUUACCAUGUUGAACAAGAACACCAUCAUCGCGCUGGUCGCGGGACACUACAGCAUCUUGGCUUCAGCACGACCAGCUCCUUUCCCACAGUCUUCCCCAGUCGAGACUCCUGAGAUAGUCGAAAACCCAACCAUCGUCGCCAACGUUGCCGGGCCAGCGACCUAUACAGCAAACCCCUCUCUCGGUGGCGGUGGCUCCUCUUUCAAAGAUUCAGCACACUUCCGCGUUUAUGGCACAUCUGAGACUACCGCUGACACUGCCAUUCAACAUCUGGAGGCCGCACAUUCUUGUUUCGUAGAGCAAUUAGGAUGGCGUACACCAGCUCUGAGCUGGACCUCCGCCACCGAUGAUACCUGGUACAAGACGAACGUCUACAGCAAGGUGGACGGCCAGCUGAAUGGUGCGGCUGGCGUCCAGCGUGCCGAUCCAGCAGUUGGUUUAACGUGGCUGGAGGUUGUGGAUGAAUAUUUGACGGAUCCGAGAGUGUUUGUGCACGAGUACGGGCAUGCGUUGAGUGUGUCCGAGAAGAACUGGAUCGAUCAAGGACGAACUGGUGCUUGGUGGGAGCCCAUUGCAAACUAUAUUGCCGACACAUACAUCUCCACCCCGACCUGCACCUCGGCCAAGUCUGCGCAACGCCUGCCUGCCGCCGAAGGCGAAUCAAUUAUCGCUCUUGAUGCAGUGAUCGGCAACUCGUAUAAAGUAAUUGUGGACGGCACACCUAACUCCGGAAACUACUACGAGUCCUGGCCUUUCAUUGCUUACCUGAACAACAACCCGGACAACUUCCAGGGUCUUGGAAAUGAUACCUUGUUGAGAAUGUUCCGUAAAUACACUCUCAACAGCAACGACACUCCCCUACACGCCCUCUCCAACCUCCUCGCUGACACUGGUGUGACUGUCCAGAAGGUGGUGGGCAGGUACUGGGCACAUAUGGCUUAUGUCGAUAUCGGUCACGCAAAAGCUCACGAAGCUUUCCUCGCCCGCAGGACGUCUUUGAACUACGACCACCUGGACGCCAGUGGUGCGGUCAAGAGCGACCGCGCCCCGAGGUAUAUGGGCGCCAAUAUCAUCCCGCUGAAGGUUGAGGGCACAACUGUCUCUGUCACCAUUACCUCCGAAGGGGAGUAUACCGGUACUCUGGUCGUCAAGAGCGGAGACAAGAUCACUUACACUGAUAUCGUGGACGGCAAGGCCAAUACCGCGGUCGCGAAUGGUGAUGAAGUUUCUGUGGUUAUCGCCAAAACGCCAGCGCUCGUGCAAUAUGACGCCUUUGCCAUCCCAGCCGAGUUGAACCAAGGAUUGCAAUACAGCGUGCAGGUCACUGGGGCGUCAAUCUGAGCUGUAGAACUUGAGUGGGUUUGUUUGGGCAUGCUUGGAUUUGAUGAUAAGUCCAUUUGGGCGAUUUUUCUCUUCUAUACUUAUAUAUUCUAAACAAGGCAGACAAGCUGUACAAAUAUUAAAUCAUAUACACAUAGC